UGUACUGCGCGCGCCCCAAGUGGCAUAGACUGCGGUAAACCUGUCACGGGAUACCCUACCUUCCUCCGUUUCAGCUCCGUGUGGUAGCACCUGGGUCUCAAGCGCACAGAAAGCGGAGCCAAUAUUAUCGACACAACUUGACCAUCUUGGUUCCCCUGUUACCGGGAGAUCCCGUCUGUCUGAAACCAACGGCGCAUCUGGGAUCUUUUCACGGCCCGACUUACCAACCCAAGAAGUUUAUCUGUUACACAGUUUCUGAGGUCCCGUGAGAGCUGACUGAGGCCUUCCUAUCCCUCCAUCCUCCUCCUCCUCCUCCUCCUCCUCCCCAUCUUUUCCUCGGCCUUGUCCUCCUCCUCCUCUCCCCCUGUGUCGGGGGUACCCUGUGCCAUGUGGCGGUGCGUCUGACCCAUGGGGCCUGCGCCCGUGACUCUGUCCAGACUGAAGCUGGGGAAAUUAAAGGUGGUGCGGCGGCAGCUGCUGCAGCGCUAUGAGCAUCAGCCGUUCGUCUCGUGCCUGGCCGGCCUCUACGGCUGCCAGUGGCGCCGCUACCAGCGAGCACGCGCCCAGCCUGGGGAGUGCUGCUGCAGCAAGGUGGAGUGCGGUAGCUUCGGCGUCCUCAUUGUGACGUUCUUCCUGACCCUGGUCUUCCUCUACUUCUGGAGUGAGGCGCAGAAUGACUACGAUGAUUUUGAUUGGUUUAACUUUGGGAAUCUGGGCUUCUGGUUCCCAUGGUCCGUCGUGCUGCUGGUGGUCUCCGCAGCUCUCUUCACCUACAUUGCCGUCUUACUGCUCCUGGCAGUCUGCCUGCUCUCCGAGGGCCAAAGGCUGUACCUGCACUGGAGUCACAAGAUUGGCAUCCUGGUGACCCUCAUCUUCUCCAUCAGCGCCACCACGGUGCUGUCGGACCUCUGGAGUCGGCAGUGGAGGACACUGCUGCUCUCUCUGCAGGUGACCGCUCCCUUCCUGCAUGUGGGAGGGGUGUCCGUCAUGACGCUGCUGUCCUGGCCAGUGGCCCUGCACUUCUUCCGCAUGAACAAGAGAGUGCGGCAAGUAGCUAUCCUGGGACUCUACCUGGCGGUGCUGUUUGCCUUAUACCUGGUGCCCCUGGGCAUGUACUCCCCCUGCAUUAAAGAGGAGGGCACCCUGGGACCCGCGCCAGCCCUCUUCGGGCACAGAGGAGCCCCCAUGGUUGCACCAGAGAAUACGCAGCUGUCCUUUGAGAAGGCCGUGGAGGCGGGAGGAGACGGUCUGGAGACUGAUGUCACCAUCAGCUACGAUGGCGUGCCCUUCCUCAUGCACGACCGGACAUUGCGGCGGACCACCAACGUGCGGGAGGUCUUCCCCAACCGCACAGACAUGCUGGCCUCCCUCUUCACCUGGGCAGAGCUGGAGAUGCUGGACGCUGGCUCCUGGUUCCUACAGAGAGACCCGUUUCGCACCACCUCCUCCCUGAGCGCGGAGGAGCGGGAGCAGAUGCAGAACCAGACGGUGCCGUCCCUAAAGGACUUCCUGGACCUGGCUGCGCAGCACGGCAGCCUGGUGAUCUUCGACCUGCACCGGCCGCCCAGGGGCCACCCCUACCGGGACACCUGGAUCACGCGCACCCUGGAGGUCCUUCACAACGAGUCCUCCAUCAACUCCAGCCAGGUGCUGUGGCUGCCGUGGGAGCAGCGUGCGCUGGUGCAGGAGCUGGACCCAGCCCUACAGCAGACCUCCGGCAGCAAGGCCUCCAUCGAGGAGCUGCAGGAGCAGCACAUCACACGCCUCAACCUCCACUACAGCUCCAUGGCACAGGAGCAAAUCAGUAAGUAUGCGUCGGUGAACAUCUCCACCAACCUGUAUGUGGUCAGUCAGCCGUGGCUCUACUCUCUGGCCUGGUGUGCUGGGGCUCAGUCCGUCACCACCAAUGCCAUGCACAUCCUCAAGAACAUGCGGCGCCCACUCUUCCUCAUGACACCAGAAGAGUACAGCCUAAUGUGGAUACUAACUGAUGCCACGUCAACUGUCAUCAUCAUCCUCGUCUUUGCUUUCCACUGGUGGCGAGAGAGAGGCUUACCCUUCUGGUCUGGCAGCAGACAGGUGCAUGAGAAUGGACCCUACAGCAAAUUCAGGACAGCAGAGCUGAGUGACGUGUGGUCCGUGUCCAGCGUCAGUGUGCGCGGCGAGGCCCUCAGCCUGCCCAACACGCCCAACCUGCCCACCAUCCCUGAGGAACCUGGCCCUGGUCCCUGCCCUGGCCCUGGCCCUGUCCCUGGCCCUGCGGUCUGAAGGGAGGAGAUGAUAAGAGGACAUAUGUGUGGGAGGGGUUGUUGUUGGGGUGGACCAGCAAAACACGUGGGAAGUCGGACGUCCCCAUUACGAUAUUCUCACUCUCUCAUUUCCUCCAAAGUACUUCUACAUCCUCCGAUAUCCGAAGGGAGGAGAUGAGAAGAGAGUGUAGUGGAAAGCGCGCACAUCCAGCAGAAAAGCAUCAGCAGGUGCCAAAUAAAAAAACUGUCACGUGUAGGAACGGGACAGGAUCUGCACACUGCUUGCAAAAGACUUAAUUUAUUUGGAGCAAUGUUUUGAUCGUAGAUCUUCUUCAGGCAGCUCUGAUGUGCAGAUCCUUUCCCGCUCCUACAGGAGAUGAUAAGAGGACAUACUUGUGGGAGGAGGGGUUGUUGUUGUUGUUGGCGUGGACCAGCAAAACAAGGGAGAAGCCGUCCCCCAUUAAGAUUUUCUCACUCUCUCUCAUUUCCUCCAAAGUACUUCUACAUCCUCUGAUAUCCUUGCACAUAUACUGUGAGCACUACUGUGUUUUGAAACAAGAUGCUGGAGUGUGGUAUUUGACUGAGGACUUGGACUGGACUGACAAGUGAAAGGACACUGUUCCUGAAAGCCCAAAGUGAACUUUUAUUUGUAACAUAAGGCUCUCUGAUUAAAAAAAAACUGUCAAAGGCAGGUGGAUUCGUUCCGUCACAGAGCCCCUAGUGGGCAGAAGUGGUAUUGGCCUGUGAUAACGUUUCAUGACCAGUGGACCGAAGAACAUGAGGAUCGUGAAAGAAGUCCUGAAAAAAAGUAUAUAUAUUUUUGUUUCUAAAUACAUACACAUCAUCAAAUGUAUAUGCUUGUUAUAUUUUACACAUGACUGAAUGAACGGACACCAUGUUUUCACUGGUGACCAGGUUUUUCCUGGAGAAAAUAUGGCUUUCAUCAAUGAUGACGUUAAUGAUUCAUCUCUUUUGUGAAUGUACUUUUAGCAAGUGCUGCCAUUUCCUUAGCAUGCUAGCUAAUGCAAGCGCAGCACACCCAGGGGCUUCUUGCUGCUUUUGAUUGUAUCUGAUCAUAUCUGUCAUGUCAUGUCAUGCGAGAGUGAUAACUGUUGCCAAAACUGAAAUGGGGGUUUUGUCGCGUUCUUAAUGUUUUGGCCCUUUAUGAGGGAGCUGCAGCAUACAAGUGCCAUAUUACGGAGAGAUACUUCAGAGACAACCCUGAGCCCUGUGUGAAGGGAAAACAACUCUGCUGUGUGUUCUAGAAUGUUCGUAAUUAUUGUAGAAUAUGUCCAUGCGGAUUUGUAAUUGGUCCACACAGCUUCUUGCCAGGUGUGCAAUUCUGCAAAGCUUGGCUUGGUGGACUCACCCUGGGGGUGGGGCUGUGCAGAACUACACAAAUCUGGCGAGAGCCAGGUUCAGGCCUAGGUCCAGAGCGCCAUCUGUAAAUCUGGUCAAUACGCUAAGAACAGGCUAAACAUUUCCUGAAGAACCCAAACGUUCUUGGAACCACCCCAAGAUUCCAUAUAGAACCCUUUGGG